AUGAAUGACAGGGAUGGCGUGCAAGCGAAGAGCGUGUUCAGCGGGUGGAACUACUCGAUCGUCUUGACGGAGAUGGGCCAGCUCUUUUCGUUUGGCUGGGGCAUGUACGGACAGUUGGGUCAGGGCGACUUGACCAACGAGUUUCUUCCUCGACCAAUCGACUUUGCCAGCGAGACAGGCGAUGUUGAUGCUGGCGACUACGACGACGAUGACGAAGAUAUUGUCGACUGUGCAUGCGGACUGUGGCACGCUGUAGCGAUUACCGAGAGCGGUAAGGUCUAUACGUGGGGCUAUGGCAAAGAUGGACAGAUGGGCCAUGGAACCAAUAAGGGAAGCACGGUGCCUCAGUUGGUGACUGCCCUCAAGGACGUGCGCGCUACCCAGGGCGAGCUCUACGCCUGGGGAUUCAAUGCCUUCGGCCAGGUCAAGUCUCUUGAGCCAAGUGGUGAAGGCGAACCAGUCGAAGGUGUCAACGUGCUCUGGCCGACCAAGGGUGUGUUGUUCACAUACGAGGGGUAA